UUUUCUUCAUACUAUCAACUAAACCAUUCUCUUUUCCUCCUCUCUUCUCUCCACAUAGAAUUCAUUUUUCUGCAAGAGCAUCAACCAUGGGUUGUGAGAAGACUGAGAAGACCACCACUAUGGUGUUCGAGGUUGAUCUUCAAUGUUGCAGCUGCUACAAGAAGGUUAAAAAUAUUCUCUGUAAAAUCCCUCAAAUUAGAGACCAGGUAUAUGAUGAGAAGGCCAAUACAGUCACAAUCACUGUGGCAUGUUGCAAUCCUGAGAAAAUUCGUGACAAAUUGUAUAGUAAAGGAUGUGGAGUGAUUAAGUGCAUUAAAAUCAAAGAACCUCCCAAAGACCAACCGCCAAAAAAACCGCAGCCGCCGCCACCGCCACCACUUCAAGUCAAUGUUGAACCAAUUCAAGUCAAUGUUGAAUUGGCAUUAAAGUACCCACCACCGCCACCAGGAUAUUGUUGUUGUUGUGGGCAAUGCUACGGAAGGUGCCCAUGUUAUCAUUCGUAUGGCUGCGGAAGGGGUUGUCGUGUGAGCACAUGUGAUUGGUACUUCAUUGAAGAAAAUGCCACAGGAUGCUCAAUUAUGUAA